ACGGCUGUCCGGACACAGACGCUCACAAACGGCUGACUAGCUGAAUCCGCGCUCUUUCAGUCGCACUUUAAUUCCCACUGUAAUGAACGCGGGGUGUUAACAUGGAGGACUCAGUCUGUGGCUGUGAGGGUGAACACGAGUCCAGACCUUUUGUCAUUUAAACAUGGAAACUAAAAGGAAGCAGCGGUUGACAGAUCGGCGCAUAACGGAAGAAUGGACGAUGUGAAAACUGGCCCAAACCGGGACUGAGUCUCCUGUCCGUGUCUCCCCCGGCUUCAUGUCGCCCUCCUCCCCUUGCCAGAUGCCUCCGCGGGGCACUGGAGGCUACAAGCCGGCACCGGUGUCCCCUGCUCCGCCCGUCCCACCGAGGAGGGUCCGGAGCCGGGACAGGGGCUCCGGCAGGACGCGGCGGUCAGGGGCAGGGUCAGCGGGAGCCGGAGCCGCGGAGAGGCGGGUGAAGUGUGUGCUGGUGGGGGACGGAGCUGUGGGGAAAACCAGCCUGGUGGUCAGCUACACCACCAACGGCUAUCCCACCGAGUACAUCCCGACCGCGUUUGACAACUUCUCAGCGGUGGUAUCAGUGGACGGGCAGCCAGUCAAACUACAACUGUGUGACACCGCCGGACAGGAUGAGUUCGACAAGCUGCGGCCUCUGUGUUACACCAGCGCGGAUGUGUUCCUGCUGUGCUUCAGUGUCGUCAGUCCCGCCUCCUUCCAGAACGUUCCCGAGAAGUGGGUUCCGGAGAUCCGGAGACACGCUCCGGCCGCUCCGCUCGUCCUCGUCGGGACGCAGUGCGACCUCCGAGAAGACGUCAAGGUUCUCAUUGACCUGGCUAAGUACCGGGAGCGACCUGUGGACCCAGCAGAUGCCCGGGACUGCGCGGUGGAGAUUGGAGCUGUGGCCUACAUGGAGUGCUCUUCGCUGACCCAAAAGAAUUUGAAAGAAGUGUUUGACACGGCCAUACUGGCCAGCCUGCAGAACUGCAGCUCCCAUAAGCACCCAAGAGGGAAACAGAAACGACGGAAAAAGCAGAGGCAGACACCGGACAAGAUGAAGAGUCUGUCCAAGUCAUGGUGGAAAAGGUACUGCUGUGUGGCCUAGAGCAGACCAAUUGUGAUCAGUUUGGGUCUAGAUGUCUAAGACUGAUCCUCUGUUGACUUUAUCCUGGUCUGCAUUCAGCUGGGUCUGGGUUCUGCCUGGAGUGGAUUUCCAGUAUAGGUUUCUCUCUAAUGGAGCCUGAUGUGGAGCAGGGCCUCAACUGGAAGUAAGACUGCCACGGAUCUAAAAUGUUUUCCUUUUUGUUUUUGCUCAGAGAGGAGUUUUAAUCUUAUCGUGGAUGAGAUUUCCUACUGAGCCCGGCCUGGUUCGAGCAGAAACUGCUCUGAGAAUACAGCUGUUCUGAAUCUUAGCCUGCCUCCAGUUUGAGCCCUCUGCAGGACCAGGUCCUCCUGCUUCCCCUGGAGUUAAAACAGGUUUGAACCAAAACUGUUGCGGGACUAGCAAAAGACCCUCUCUACGUCAUUGUACAGGGGACAAUGUUGUUUAUAAUGAGAGCAGUCCAGAUUUAAACAAGAACAGAGACUUUGAUUUUCUCACCUGUGUUUAACACAUACGUGUGUUUAGUCUGGUGUUCUGGUAAAACCAUCACAGAGUAUGGAUUCAUGUUGCCUUGAUCUGUCGGAGUCUCUGCAGACUCUGCUUGUUACUGUAAGUGACUUCAGUGAAACUGCAUCUAAACUCGGUCCUUAUUACAACUUGUUUCUAACUUCAGUCUGGUUUCAUGUUUUGAUUAGAAACCAAACUUUGUCCUUUUUUACGUGUGAAACAAAGAUUUUGGAUUUUCUGACCCAGACAUGAUCACUGAACAUAAUUUAAGUCAGAACUUAGUCAUAAUUCUUCAUUUUAGAGCUAUCUUUUAUAACUGGGAUAGUUAUUGUUCUAAUAACAGAGCUUCCUUUAUUAAGCAACUAGUAAUUUUAUCCUGGUCACAUGCACAGUGUGCUGUGGUGCAGCCUAUAAAUCUAAUCUGAAACCCAGAUCACGAUUAACUUUUACUUUAGUCGCCAUCUGAACUAUUUUUUUGAAAAUAGGUCUGGCUUGGUUUUUAUUGUGGUUUUCCUCAUGUCCUGCCACUGUUUGGCCCAGAAUGAAGCCAGACAGUGAAUGAGCUUGGUGAGGCUCAGCCUUUAGACUCAUAUCAUGUCUUAUGUGAAAGAGAACUAAUGCCAAUGUCUUUUUUCCCUCAUGUGGCCAAAAAGACAUUCUUGUCUUAAUCAAAAAUUACACCUUCUUAUUUUUUCUCUUCAGUGAGAUUUCCAAAAAUAAUUGGAAAAUAAUACCGACCACAUAUCCCCGUAGCAAAAGAUGCUGAACAAUGAAGCAAGACAUAAAAACAAAGCAUUGUUCUGUAAAAGCAUGUUGUACGUACGUACAGUAUCGUCCUCAUCUGUCCCACAUUAGUACUGAAGAACUCCACAGUCUGUGCUGUAUUAAUGAGGUUUGAUUGAACUGUUCUGGUGGACUGCAGAGAGACACUUCGGGCAUGUGGACAUUUUGUAGUUUUAAUAUUUUUGCUAUCUUCAUCACAUUGUUCCUUUGCUCAGUAUAGUAGCCAAGUGGCGUCUGUAGAGGAGGCAGAGAAAGAUUCAGUCUAAAACUGAACAUACCAGAACGUUCAUCCUGCUAACUAGUAACUUGCAUCUGCAGGCACAAGUUGCACUUGCAAGGCAGACAAAUGCUCCUAUGCAUCUGAAAUAUGGUUUCAGAUAUUUGUACUGCUUUACGUGUGUUUGAUUUAUCUUUCCAGACACUUCAACAGCCUUAAGUGCGAGCACUUAACAGAGUUAGAUUAACCAAGUGCCCUUUCCGUGCAUUUGAAUUUACAAAAUGGACGCAGCUAUUUGUUAGUUUUGCAGCAAGAAAAUAACUCAGAACAAACAGAAAAAACAAACAUGGGUUUAUCUCUUAGCUUUUGUGUAUCUAAGACUGUGAAGUUUGACAUUGAGUCUUCAUGUUUGCUGCUCUGCAUUUGUUCCCUUUACCCUCUAUUACAGUGGUAAGCAUUGAUCAUUUCUUCUGUUCUGCCCCCGCAGCCUGUUCUCCCUCCAAUAGAUUAAGUUGUGUAUGUUGUAAAGCAGAAAUAAAAAGGCAAACUACACAAAUUGUGUGGCUGUCAAACACUUAACUGCCACACCUUCCUUUGUACAUUGUAGUUACUAAAACAAGAAGAAAAACCAAUAAUUCACAGCUAUUUCUCUACAGUGGGUCUGAAUGGCUCUUUGUAUUAGAGUCACUGCAGCAGAAAGGGAAAAGGGUGCAACCCAUGUGCAGGCUGUAAUGGAUUCAAUGCAAAUCUGCCAUUAAUUAGUGCAUGUGCAACAUAAUCAUUCAUACUGAUCGGACAUAAACACAAAGAAUGAUUUUCACUCUUGCAUUUCUUAGCCCUAACUAUGACCCAAACCCCUGUCCUGACCAAGUCUCACUACUAACCCAAAGGCUUGUUGGACUGCAUCACUUGACAAACAAUACACUCUGCUGCUUUUGUUUUGUUCUAUCUAAUUCACACCAGCUUUAGUAAAUCCCAGUUAUGUGAAACCCUGUUCAUUAAAGUUUGUUUUUUCUGAUCUAUUGUCCUGAAGAGCUGGCUAGCAUUGCAUUUUUAUAGCGUGAGCUUCAAAGUCAGUUUUCUACUGGUGUGAAAUGGACUGAGCUGUGGUGUGCCUUGUAAUUUAGUGGAUAAUAACUAUUCUUAAAUUGAACUGCACUGUGAAGAAAAUGUGUUAAGAGACACACAUACUAUAACAUCUAAGCUGAUUCUAGCAAACUAAACGUUCACAGUCUGGCAUUCAUGCAGUGUUUUCUGUCUGCCAGAACUUGUACAAUCAUAGUAGAGGAUUUGUACGAUCCUAUAGACAUCUGUGGAAUAUUAAUAUUCCCAACACCCGAUUACCCAAUUAAUUAACUUCUCUCUUUUAAACACUUCAAUUAUGCACUACUAAGCGUCUCAAGACACUGAACGCAACUACAGCGUGAUACAUCAUCGCUUCCUACCAGACUCCUCUGCAAAGAUGUCUGUGUGUAAACCAAACUCACCUGCUGACUUUUCUACAGCCUGGCUACAAGAUGUGUAUGAGCAUGUGCAUGUACAGAGUUGUUCUAUAAGAGGAAUCUCAGAACUUCAUCUGAAAUGUGUCUCAACUCAUGCUGAGCUCAGGCUCGAGUGUAAAACUGUGACUCCUGAUUUGAAGACUGCUGGAGCUGCUCGGUAGUUUUCUGCUGAAGAUGUUACAACUGCGGCUGAAUGGGUUCACUGUGUCGAUGUUUUAGCUACUCAACAAACGCAUUGUUUCUUGCUGGGGAAAAGGCAUAAUAAGUUGCUUGUCUUGCUGUUUGUGUGCAGUUUUGGCUGAUGGUGGAUUUAAGUAGGGUAAAGGUCAGGCAGACCUUUAUGAUAGCUGGCAUUUCCCCUGUCAGGUCACUUACAUUUAUGGAGAGCGUAGCAAGUUUCCAUCGGGGGGGGGGGGGGGGGGGGGGGGGGGCAUGCAGCAUGCAUUUAUACUGAGAUAACUAUAAACCUGCAUUAAUCUAUUACUGUUUAAAUGUAUAUUUAAAAAAUUCUAUCCAUUAUUUAUGUUAUGUAAGUAAAUAACAUUGUGCUUCUGACCAGGAUUGAAGAUGACUCCAUCUUUGUUUUGGGUCUCAGCUCUUGGGGCCUAUAAGAAAUCAAGCAAUGUGCUAAAAUCCUUAAAACAACUUCAUGUAACUUUUCCUUAACAGCAUCCACUCAGGCCAUUAGUGAUAAUGUCACAUGCAUAAACACAUUUUAACAGUAACACAAGCAGAGAGGAGUCAGAGCGUCAGCUGACUCAGCGAUGUUAGCUAUACAGCAAGUCAGCAAACGUAAACCGACAAAAGCAAAAGGUCAUGCCAGACCAAGUAAGGCUGUGCCAUGUAAACUCCUGACUCUACUGAAUUGGAAAAUGGUGCGUUUUUUCUUAUGAAUUCAACUUGUACUUUUUUACUUCAUGUGUAAAAGCCAGAUUGUGUCAUGUCUUCUUUCCAAAGUUACGUAGUUCUGCUUUAAUGUUUUAGCUGGUUUUCAGAAGCCAGAAGAGGUUGGUUGAUCCACAGCAGUGAAUGUCCUGUGUGACAGAUGAAUGGCGUUGUAAUGUUGAACAGAUGGGUCUCUGAAAGUGAACUAUAGUGCUGAAAGACAUUCAGGGAAGAGACGAGACGGUGACUGUCCACCAUGCAGUCAGAGUGUUUAGCUGAAGGUUAGACAGAAAUGCUGAGGACAGGUGCAAAGUGUGGAUGGGAUUUUUUGCUACUGGACAAUAUGAGUGUGACACGCUGUGUGAGGUACAAAAGAGAAAAGUGGACUGAACAUAACACAGUCCUACUGCCAUUUAUUUUUACAGACGAUGCAUAAAAAUGAGUGACUCUGACUCAAAUACAAGAUGUCAGUAAGCAGUCAACAUGAGUCUGGAGUCAAAAUGAAACUGCUCCUGCAUGUGAACGGCCUCAGAUUACUGUAAGCAAGUCAGCUUUCAGUCAUUUUAGACAUAUAUUCCUAAAUGUUGAUUGCACAAGAACAUCCCAUAAAGUUCAGUGAGUUUGAACAAAAGCAGAGGUCCUGGGGAAACGGACAGAGCGGCUCACUCUUGAGAUUUACCCACUAAAGCACACCUGAGCUCACUCACAUGGGACACCAGCUGAAAACCAACCAGCUCAGCCUGUGGGACACAUUACUGUGCUUUUUAUUCGCCCUGCAUGCAAAAAUUUCUCAGAAAAAAAAAUUCUUGUAUUCUCUGUUUAACAGAGGAUGUCAAUCACAGAAGGAUGUGUUUGUACAGAAGUUUUAUACUGUGAGAAAUAAAGAAUAUUUGGUAUAAUACCUGCUGUGCUUUGUUGAUUUUGAGGCUCGGCGCUCGCUGGUGGGAUUGGGAACGCGUAUAUUUAAAUAUAGUAC